CGAUUUGUUUUGUUCGCCUGGGUUUCCACCCACAAAAUAACAAGCGAAUCGCCAAGAUUCGCUUGUGAGAAAUUUGUUUGUGAGGGGGCAUCAUUAAGAUACAAAGUGCAUGCAGUACCCCCCACAAGAACAAAUUUUACAAUAAUUAUAAUGGGUAGGGGCAGAAAGGUUGUUUUCUUCUUGAUUUUCUUGUCAUUUGCUUCUGGAAUCUAUGCAAAUAUAGGAGAGUUUGAUGAUUUUCUUAAGCAACAAGCUGAGGAGGCCAAGCAAAUAGCAGAACAAUCGUAUAAUCCUCAUCCUGAAGAAGUUGCUAAUAGUUUGAACAAGCAAGUUGGCGAUUUGCUGCAUUCCAAUCGCACGAGGAGACAUCUUGCAGGAGCAGAAUGCAUGGCAACAAACCCUAUAGACAGAUGCUGGAGGUGUCACGGGGAUUGGCAUGAAAAUCGAAAGAGGCUUGCGGACUGUGGGAAGGGCUUUGGUCGUAACACCAUUGGUGGAAGAGACGGCGAAAUCUAUGUUGUAACUGAUCCAUCUGACAAUAAUGUUGAGGAACCAACACCAGGAACUCUUCGACAUGCUGUUAUUCAGAUGCGUCCGUUAUGGAUCAUUUUUUCGAAAUCAAUGGUGAUUAGGCUCGAAGAAGAGCUCAUUAUGAGAAAAGACAAGACAAUUGAUGGGAGAGGUGUGAAUGUUCACAUUGCUUAUGGUGCCGGAAUUACUAUUCAGUAUAUUAGCAACGUGAUAAUUCAUGGCAUUCGGAUUCAUCACAUUAUUCCAAGACCUGGUGGAAUGGUUAGAGAUGCUGUAAAUCACAUUGGACUUCGAACAAUCAGUGAUGGUGAUGGAAUCAGCAUUUACGGUUCAAGUAACGUCUGGAUCGAUCAUGUUUCACUAGAAAAAUGUUCAGAUGGCCUCAUUGAUGCUAUUGAGGGAUCAACAGCUAUUACAAUCUCUAACUGCAAAUUCAACAACCAUGAUCAUGUGAUGUUGUUUGGAGGAAGUGAUAAAUCUGUGCAAGAUAGAAUUAUGCAAGUAACCGUUGCAUUUAACCGAUUUGGAAAGGGCUUAAUUCAGCGGAUGCCUAGGGCUCGACAUGGGUUUUUCCAUGUGGUUAACAAUGAUUACAAUCGAUGGCAAAUGUACGCUAUUGGUGGCAGUGCUAAUCCUACCAUCAUUAGUCAAGGCAACCGUUUCAAAGCCCCUGAAAAUCCUUUCGCUAAAGGGGUGACAAAGAGGGAUUAUGCGACAGAGGAGGAAUGGAAAAACUGGCAGUGGAGAUCCGAAGGCGACUUGUUUAAAAAUGGAGCCUACUUCAAUGAGUCUGGACCGCCUUUUAUCCAAGAAAAUCCAGCGAUUAGGAGGCGUCUGAUCAAAGCAAAGCCUGGAAGUUUUGCCGGGAGACUUACACGCUACGCAGGUGCUCUCAAAUGCAAGCUUGGCCAUCCUUGUUAAUGAGCAUAUCAGAUGGGUACUUCUAUUUUCACUCUAUCGCAAUAUAUGCAGAAUACAAGACAAAAAAAACCUGGUUAAGAUUGGUUUAAUUUCUCUCUUGUAUUUUAGUUGUAGUUGAUUGCCAAGGGAGAUGAUAAGAUGUAAUGGGGUCAAAUUCUUGAAUUAUUUAAUCCAGAAGGAAGGAAAACAAACACAUAUACUGUUAUUUAUCAGAUCUGGUCAUGGGUUAAUUAGAUGCUGCAGUACGAAUAUGCUCAUACAUUAUGCUACUUACUCGUUAAAUUUCACGAGAUUAAAAUUAACAAAUAUAUACCAUUUGAGGAUUGUUGU